AUGGGACCGAUCAUGCACGCCGAGUGUAAUUUUGAAUAUAAAGUUUUGGAGCCUGGACUUGAUGCUGUUAAUUUUCCAGUGGAUAAUGAACUUUUGGUGAAGUGGCAAUCCGCGAUAGAUGAACAAGUUCGUUUAUAUGUAUCUGUACUUAGACGUUUUGCAGCUAGUUUUGUUUUGCGUUUAGUGGACGAAGAAUCUCAAAAUUUAAUGAUUAAAUUGCCUUCUUAUCCAAAGAAUAUUGAAGAUAUGAAAAGUAUUCGUUUCUGGUUAAUUCAACUGUUUAAUUGUGCUUUUGGAGAAAUUAACUUUACUCGUGCUACAUUCAAUCCUUUAAUGAUUAAAUUACUUUUUGAAGACGACAAAACGAUUUUUACCAAAUUUCAAACUAAACGGGCAAUUACAACUGCGGACGCUCCUUUAUUAACGGAUAUCUUUAAAAACAAUAUGAUAAUUCGUGAAUGCCUUGAGAUACAUUGUGGUCGACAUUUUGGGCAAUACGAUGUUUUAUUUCAACUAUUUUUGAAUGCUAGAAUUCCCUAUGUUUAUCUUGAUCAUCAUGGGCAUAAUAUUCUUUACAAUUUAAUUAUGAAGCAUAUUGAAACUUCAACCGAUUUUCAUCUUAUGGUGGAUAAAUUCAAGUUUCAUUACCUCGAUUGGGGUCAUUUUACUGUGAGCGAAAGAGCGGAGAAUGUUGAAAAGAAAAGAUUUGAUGGAUAUGGGUUUACUAAAUAUGAACUUUCUAAUAUUCACAAUCCAAAUGUGAAGUUUCUUGUUCAAUGGAUACACAAAGACAACUUUGAUGUGCGUGUUCAGCCUUGUAUUUUAAUUGAAAGAAUGAAAGGGCAGGAGAUUAAAUCGCUUUUGGAUGAGUAUAAUUUAAAUUGA